AUGAAUUAUAACGCCGACAUUAUUAAAUGUUCGACAAGUUCUGUGCGAAAAGAAUUAGUUCAAUAUAAUAUAGGGGAGAAGAAAAAUUCAUCGACAGUAGGAAGUUUCCAACAACCACCGGCAGUUCAGACUGAACGUCCAUUACAAAUUCAAUUUCCGGUUCAUAAUCAAGUACCAACCGCACAUCUUAACGAAGAAAGAUUACAAUAUUCUGUUAUAUGUACAGGACAAGAAACAAAAGCUGUCUCUUCUACAAUGCUACUUGAUCCAACUAUAGAAUGUCGAACAAGUGAUAUGAAUAUGAGUCUAGAAAUGCCGGAUUUACACGUGACGCCUGAAGCAAGUGAUGAUGAGGCAUCAGAUCUCAAUACGUCGAACACAUUGUAUCUUAUGGUAGAAGCUGUUAAUAUAAUUCACAGUGACAAAAAGAAAUGGUAG